AUGGCGGCUACGUUGGGUUCAGUUCGCCUGCAGCGCUGCAUGGUGUCGCCGGCUGGGAGGCACAGCGCCUCUCUGAUCUUCCUGCACGGCUCAGGUGAUUCUGGACCAGGAUUGAGAACGUGGAUAGAGCAAGUUUUAAAUCAAGAUUUAACAUUCCAGCACAUAAAAGUUAUCUAUCCAACAGCUCCUCCCAGGCCAUAUACUCCUUUGAAAGGAGGAUUCUCCAAUGUAUGGUUUGACAGAUUUAAAAUAUCUAAUGACUGCCCAGAACACCUUGAAUCAAUUGAUGCAAUGUGUCAGGUGCUUGCAGAUUUGAUUGAUGGUGAAGUAAAAAGUGGUAUCAAGAAGAACAGGAUAUUAGUAGGAGGAUUUUCUAUGGGAGGGUGCAUGGCCAUGCAUUUAGCAUACAGAAAUCAUCAAGAUGUGGCAGGAGUAUUUGCUCUUUCUAGUUUUCUGAAUAAAACAUCUGCUGUUUACCAGGCUCUUCAGAAAAGUGAUGGUGUCCUUCCUGAAUUAUUUCAGUGUCAUGGUACCGCAGAUGAGUUAGUUCUUCAUUCUUGGGGUGAAGAGACAAACUCAGUGUUAAAAUCUCUAGGAGUGAGCACAAAGUUUCAUAGUUUCCCAGGUGUUUACCAUGAGUUAAGCAAAGCUGAGCUAGAAAAACUGAAGUCAUGGAUUCUUACAAAGCUACCAGACUGAAUGA